UAUAGUCCUGGGGACCCAAAGCAAUGCAGAAACUAAAGACAGAGCGAACAUACACGUAGGAGAACAAUUGCAAAUGAUGAAGAAACAUACGGCAAGAGUGGCACCGCUACCGUCUUACAAUGUUCCCGAAUUACGUUCACCUAUAUCAGAUGGUGCCUCCCGAUCAUCUGUCAUCCGAUGCAAAGCCGGAGGCAAGUGCCCCAGCCCACGCAGUGGCAUGAGUAGGCAGCUCUCCCCUUUAUCUGUUGUUGAGGAUUCUGCUGCUCCCAUUCUUGAGCUGCAGAGUCGAAGCCCCUCUGGAGUUUGUCGGCACGGCAGAGUGGAGAGGCAAAGCAGAUCAGGAGAAGAUGGGACACAAACUCAUCCUGAGAGCAACAGCCAAGAAAACAAGCCACAGACACGGUGUCAGUCUUGCACAUCUACAUUUCUGAAGGUUGUCUGGGGAUUUCUGAUCAUCUUGUCAGUCUCGUCUUCUUGGGUUGGAACCACACAGAUUGUGAAAAUCACAUAUAAGAACUUUGACUAUCCAUUUUUCAUGACUUGGUUUUCAACAAAUUGGAACAUUAUGUUUUUCCCUAUUUAUUAUUCUGGGCAUCUUGCAACGGCACAGGAAAAGCAGUCUCCAAUCAAAAAGUUCAGGGAAUGCAGUCGGAUUUUUGGUGAAGAUGGUCUGACGUUGAAACUCUUUCUUAAAAGGACUGCUCCCUUUUCUAUUCUGUGGACUUUGACUAAUUACCUGUAUUUACUGGCUUUAAAGAAGUUGACAGCCACAGACGUCUCUGCCCUGUUCUGUUGUAACAAAGCAUUUGUCUUCUUGCUUUCUUGGAUUGUGCUGAAAGACAGGUUCAUGGGCGUAAGGAUAGUCGCAGCAAUAAUGGCCAUCACAGGAAUUGUUAUGAUGGCAUAUGCCGAUGGUUUCCAUGGUGAUUCAAUUAUUGGUGUAGCAUAUGCUGUUGGCUCUGCAUCCACAUCUGCAUUGUAUAAGGUUUUGUUCAAGAUGUUCCUUGGAAGUGCGAACUUCGGGGAAGCUGCUCACUUUGUCUCUACACUGGGCUUCUUCAACCUAAUUUUCAUCUCCUUUACCCCGGUCAUACUGUAUUUUACAAAGGUGGAAUAUUGGUCCCCCUUCUCUGCCGUGCCGUGGGGUUACCUUUGUGGAGUAGCCGGCCUCUGGUUAGCGUUCAACAUAUUGGUCAACGUUGGAGUCGUGCUAACGUACCCCAUCCUGAUUUCCAUCGGGACAGUGCUCAGCGUUCCUGGAAAUGCAGCUGUGGACCUCCUGAAGCAUGAAGUGAUCUUCAGUGUCGUAAGGCUGGGGGCUACCAUUAUCAUUUGCAUUGGAUUUUUGCUAAUGCUGCUUCCUGAAGAGUGGGAUGAAAUAACCCUAAGAUUCAUCAACAGCUUAAAGGAAAAGAAAAGCGAAGACCAUGCGGAAGACAUCACAGACUCCAGCGUGCAUACCAGGAGCAGAAGCAGAGCCAAUGGGACAGUGUCUAUACCACUAGCGUAAAGCUGGUGACCCUCUAACUGCACGUGAAUGUAUAUUCUGUGAAUAUAAUUUAAUUUUCUCGCUACUGAUCUGCUAAAUGACAGUAUUGGUCUGAACUGGGGAUGAAUUGUAUAAAUCAAUGAUAAAUACAUCAAUAAUAAAUGUUUACAUUUAUACACUUAUAAAGGAACCAGUGUAAAUAGCUACAAUAAUUUUUUUUAUAAUAAAAACACAUUGGCUUGU